UCUGCAGCCACACCCUACUGGAGUUUUGGCAAACACAAAUUGUGCCAGAUUAAACAACAUGUCCCAUUGCCAUGUAGGGUAAGGCUUUGGGUGAUUUGAUUUUUCCAUAUAUAGCAAUGUAAUGAGUAAUCUGAUUGGGCAAAGAGACAUUGUUGCAUUGCUUCCAAUAUAUAAAUAAUGUGGACUUCCUUUCUUAAACAAGAGUGUGUGAUAUAGCAUUUUGACUGCACGAUCAUCCUUCUAGAGCCCAGCACUGCUUGGGGACAUUGCAAAAAAUUAGGGUUUGGGAGUUAGGAGAUUUAGCAGUCAUGGACUCAAGAACAGUGUUUGUUUUAUUAUGGAUGCUGCUGUCUUACACAUCUACUGGAAUCAAACUAGAUGGAAAUGGUUACGUUGACAUUGUCAUUGCAAUCAGUUCGAACGUUCCAGAGGACUACAUGCUUAUUGAUAAAAUCAAGAACAUGUUUACUGAAGGAUUGUUUCAUCUGUAUCUAGCAUUGGAUAAAAAGGUCUAUUUCAAAGAAGCUACAAUACUAGUGCCACCUCACUGGAGUACUAAGGAUUUUUCCAGAGCAAGAACAGAGACAUUUGAAAAGGCCAAAAUAAGAAUCGAUAGUCCUCAUCCAGCAUAUGGUGAUGAACCGUACACUAACCAGUAUGGUGAAUGUGGAGCCGAGGGUCAGUAUUUUCAUUUUACACCAAACUUCCUCCGAGAUGACAAACUCAUCAAGCUUUAUGGGUCCAGAGGAAAGGUCUUGGUGCAUGAAUGGGCUCAUCUGAGAUGGGGCGUAUAUGAUGAAUAUAGUGAAAAAACUCCAUUCUACCGCUCUGCCAGUGGCAAGAUUGAAGUCACAAGGUGUAGCAAAAGCAUUAAAGGUCUGCUUCGAGAUGUUAGCACUGAACCUUUUCAACUGUGCCACAAUGAUUCACGAACUUUACUACCGACUGAUCGGUGCAGUUUUUCCCCAACAAAUUUCAAAGCACAGACAGCUCCAUGAUGUCUUUGCCAAGCCUGGAUUCUGUGAUCACAUUUUGUCGUGAAAGCGAGCACAAUUAUGAAGCCCCAAACUUACAAAAUGCGAAAUGCAGCAACAAAGCGACUUGGACCGUAAUAUUUGAGGAUUCUGUCGAUAAAGAUGAACUUCGUUUUCUAAAACCAUUGGCGUCGACUCCACCAGCGCCAACUUUUAAAGUUGUGCAACGGAUGCAACGAGCUGUUUGUCUGGUCCUUGAUACGUCACGAAGCAUGAUAUAUGCAAGCAUUAUAUUCAUUUGAAAACAGAUAUGCUUUUCACAUUUAAAAUUGUUAACACUAGAUUAUCUAAACACCUUGAUUCACAUUUCACACUGUUUUUACCAUGUUAAUCAUUAUCUUAGGAUGAAUUUCUUUUUUUUUCU